AUGAUCAAGGAGGUGUUGCUGGAUAAUCUGAUUGUCAUCUUUAUGAUAAUAGCAGUAAUAAUUGGUAUUGGAUUGGGAUUCGGAUUACGAGAUGUAUGGGAACCGUCUGAGAAGCGAAAGAUCUUCUAUCUGGAGUUCCCGGGUCAGCUGCUCUUGAGUAUGUUGAAGCUGUUGAUCCUGCCUCUGAUUGUGUCCAGUAUCAUCACCGCCUUGGCCACCAUGGAUAACAAAUCGUCUGGUCGGAUUGGAUUAGGUGCUAUAGUAUACUAUCUCACCACUACUCUGAUUGCUGUCAUUCUGGGAAUUAUUCUGGUGGUAUCUAUACAGCCUGGCUUUUCGUCAGAUGAGUUGGACAGAGCUGGUUCAUCACGUGACAGCAAUCCUCUGGAUUCUCUGCUAGAUCUGAUCAGAAACUGUUUUCCACCAAACAUCAUUGAAGCUUGCUUUAGUAAGUUAGAAACUCAAUACACAGAAACUACUGAAGAAGUUAAAAAAAUUAUAACUAAUGUUUAUUUCACUGUUGUAGAUGAAACAACACAAAGUGUAAAGAUAGUGAGCCAAAGUGGAAUGAAUAUCUUGGGGCUGGUUGUUUUCUCUGUAUUUUUUGGUAGUACCAUCAAUCACGUUGGUGAAAAAGCCAAACCAUUACGUGAUCUGUUUGAAGCUAUAAAUGACGUUAUUAUGGUGCUAGUUCGACUUGUUAUCUGGUUUUCACCAAUUGGUAUCAUGUUUUUGAUUGCCGCUAAGUUUGUUGCCAUGGAAAGUCCAGAGAAGACGUUUACUCAGUUAGGAUUGUAUUUUGGUACUGUCAUAGCUGGACUGUUUAUACAUGGUGCUAUUAUUCUUCCACUCAUCUAUUUCGUUGCCACCAGAAAAAAUCCCUUCGUGUUUUUAUACCGAAUGUUACGAGCUAUUAUUACCGCCUGGGGUACAGCUUCCAGUUCAGCAACAUUGCCUAUUACCAUGGAUUGUUUGAUCAAUAAGAAUGGUGUGAACCCUCUCGUGGCUAAGUUUGUAGCUCCUAUUGGUGCUACUAUUAACAUGGAUGGAACAGCACUUUAUGAAGCAGUGGCAGCUAUAUUUAUAGCUCAGGCCAAUGGUAUCACGUUAGGGAUAGCCGAUAUUAUCAUUGUUAGUUUAACGUCCACAGCCGCAGCUAUCGGAGCAGCAGGUGUACCACAAGCUGGUUUAGUUACAAUGUUAAUCGUUCUCACUGCCGUUGGUUUACCAACUAAAGAUGUCACGCUCAUCCUAGCCAUCGACUGGCUGCUAGAUCGAUUUAGAACUGCUAUCAACGUUAUUGGUGACUCGAUUGGGGCUGGUAUUCUCAGUCAUGUUUUCAGAAACUACUUCAAUAACCUAACAGAGGUACAGAUUAACGAGACGCUGGAUUUGGAAAUGGACGAAAAAAAGCCAGUAACUAAUGGUAAAGCAAAAUCAGGGAUAGACAACCCAGAAUACACCUCCGAACCAUCCACCAAACUUUGA